AGGUAUUAUGAUUCCGGCAUUUAUCAACGUCAAGAUCAUUAGCUAUAUAAAUAGACAUAUUUCCAAGCAAGCCUUAGUUUGGGGUUGACGGGCAAUAGCUACUUGUUUGAGAGUUUAAUCCGGACUUAUUGAGCAGUGAUAAAACUUUGGAUAUUUGCGCAAUGUACUCCAAAACGUUAAGCGUAACGUUGGCAUUGCUUGUUUUGUGCUGCGAGAUAACGCCACAUCAAGCGUUCGAUGUACCUGAAGUGGUCAAAAAACAUGUGAAAAAAUUGCAUAAGCGCUGCAUGGCCAAAACGGGCGUCAGUGAAGAGAUACUGGAACAGGCCCAAAAGGGGAAUCUGCCAAACGAUCCAACCUUUAAAUGCUUUUUGCACUGCAUGUUUGAUAUGUUCGGAUUGAUCGACAGCGAUAAUGUUAUGCGCCUGGAGGCUUUGCUUGAAAUAUUGCCAGAAGAAAUACAUGAUAAGAUUUUGGCUUUGGUAGAUGCAUGUGGCAAGAAAAAGGGAGUUGACGGCUGCGAUACCGCCUAUCAGUCGGUCGAAUGUUACUUGGCUACGGAUGCACCUUUCAUGCAAUCUGUCAUUAUCGACCUAGUUGGCUAGCAGAAAACUUACUUGAAUGAUUCCCGAUCUAUGAUUCCCAGUAGCAGCAGACAACGCAAUAUGCGGAGCGCCUCGAUUUGAACACGUAUUAAUUUGCCCUACAUUGGAUACAAAUUUAA